UGUCGCUAGUUACCAUGGGACCCGAAAGAAACGCGGAGAAUGGCGCUUAGAGGGCAGGGGGCUGUGGAGGUUCUGGGGCCGUGCCCUCUGUCCCCUCUCGGACCCCCGGCCCUGCAACAGGGACUGUCGGGAUUUGUAGUCCCAAAGGCGGCGGCCGCGAGAAGGAUGCGGGGCGCCGCUGGUCCCGCCUCCCCCUAACCUGCUGGCGCGAGGUGGCUAGCGCUGGGGCGGAGCCCUCGGAUCCGUGAUUGGCCCAGGCGGCUCCCAGCCCCCACCCUCGUCCCCACCCCCGCUCGCCACUCGGGACUCCAGCUCCAGGCGCGCAAGGCGGCCACCGAGCGAGCGCGCUAGCAGCCGCUCCCGCCCCGUGCAUCCGCAGCUACCGCGCCGCGGCGAGACCCAGAGACCGACCGACGGACACGCACAGUCGCAGCAUCCUGGAGGAGAACAUGCUUGCCAAUUCGGCCAGUGUGCGGAUUCUCAUCAAGGGAGGCAAGGUGGUGAACGAUGAUUGUACCCACGAGGCAGACGUCUACAUCGAGAACGGCAUCAUCCAGCAGGUGGGCCGUGAGCUCAUGAUCCCCGGAGGGGCCAAGGUGAUUGACGCCACCGGGAAACUGGUGAUCCCCGGGGGGAUUGACACCAGCACCCACUUCCACCAGACCUUCAUGAACGCCACGUGUGUGGACGACUUCUACCAUGGGACCAAGGCGGCACUCGUUGGAGGCACCACCAUGAUCAUGGGCCAUGUCCUGCCUGACAAGGAGACCUCCCUUGUGGAAGCCUACGAGAAGUGCAGGGCUCUGGCUGACCCCAAGGUCUGCUGUGACUAUGCCCUCCAUGUGGGGAUCACCUGGUGGGCACCCAAGGUGAAAGCAGAAAUGGAGACACUAGUGAGGGAGAAGGGGGUCAACUCCUUCCAGAUGUUCAUGACCUACAAGGACUUGUACAUGCUUCGAGACAGUGAGCUGUACCAAGUGUUUCAUGCCUGCAGGGACAUUGGGGCGAUCCCCCGAGUCCACGCUGAAAAUGGGGAGCUCGUGGCUGAGGGUGCUAAGGAGGCUCUAGAUUUGGGCAUCACAGGUCCAGAAGGAAUCGAGAUCAGCCGUCCAGAGGAGCUGGAAGCCGAGGCCACCCACCGCGUCAUCACCAUUGCAAACAGGACUCACUGUCCCAUCUACCUGGUCAAUGUGUCCAGCAUCUCGGCUGGGGAUGUGAUCGCAACUGCUAAGAUGCAAGGGAAAGUGGUGCUGGCCGAGACCACCAACGCACAUGCCACGCUCACAGGCUUGCAUUACUACCACCAGGACUGGUCCCAUGCAGCUGCCUACGUCACGGUGCCUCCUCUGAGACUGGACACCAACACUUCCACCUACCUCAUGAGCCUGCUGGCCAAUGACACGCUGAAUAUUGUGGCAUCAGAUCACCGGCCAUUCACCACAAAGCAGAAAGCCAUGGGCAAGGAAGACUUCACCAAGAUCCCACACGGUGUGAGCGGCGUGCAGGAUCGAAUGAGCGUGAUCUGGGAGAGGGGAGUGGUUGGAGGGAAGAUGGAUGAGAACCGCUUCGUAGCCGUCACCAGUUCCAACGCAGCCAAGAUUCUCAACCUGUAUCCUCGCAAAGGCCGCAUCAUCCCCGGAGCCGAUGCCGAUGUGGUGGUGUGGGACCCGGAAGCCACAAAGACCAUCUCAGCCAGCACCCAGGUGCAGGGUGGAGACUUCAAUCUGUAUGAGAACAUGCGCUGCCAUGGCGUACCCCUGGUCACCAUCAGCAGGGGGCGUGUCGUGUAUGAGAACGGCGUCUUCAUGUGUGCGGAGGGCACUGGCAAGUUCUGUCCUCUGCGGUCUUUCCCAGACAUUGUCUAUAAGAAGCUGGUGCAGAGAGAGAAGACCUUAAAAGUGAGGGGAGUGGACCGCACUCCCUACCUAGGGGACGUCGCCGUUGUUGUCCACCCUGGGAAAAAAGAGAUGGGAACGCCCCUGGCAGACACUCCCACGCGGCCGGUCACCCGGCAUGGGGGCAUGCGGGACCUUCAUGAAUCGAGCUUCAGCCUUUCUGGUUCUCAGAUUGAUGACCACGUUCCAAAGCGGGCCUCAGCCCGGAUCCUCGCGCCCCCUGGAGGCAGGUCGAGCGGUAUUUGGUAAAGGCUCUGACCAGCUCCCCCAAGUGAGGCUGUUCCACCGUCACCCACCUGCGCACCUUCCGGUCACGGCUGCAGUGGGUGGGAGAGGCUGGGCAGGGCAGCGCACUACCAGUGGGGGCUCCAGGAAGCGGAGAGCCCUCCCCUUGUCUGAACACGAUCCACGGGGCUUUGACCCGCCCCUAACGAGGCACUUUGAGCUGUU